CCGCGGGAGGUCCGGAGACAGGCGGCCAUGGAACCCGCCGGUAAUAGAGGACACAUCUUAACUGGGUUGCUCUAAGAACUGAUGUCUAAACCAUCUCAGCAUGGCCUGUAGAGGAGGAGGUGGGCAUGGCCAGCCUCCCUCAGCUACACUCUUCCGGGUUAGCCCUGGAAAUCUUUCCACACGUAGAACCCUUACCCAUAAUAUAUGCAUGGUGUCUGACUUUUUCUACCCAAAUAUGGGAGGCGUGGAAAGCCACAUUUACCAACUCUCUCAGUGCCUGAUUGAAAGAGGGCACAAGGUCAUAAUUGUCACCCAUGCUUAUGGAAAUCGAAAAGGCAUCCGUUACCUCACUAAUGGCCUCAAAGUCUAUUACUUGCCUCUGAAAGUCAUGUACAACCAAUCGACAGCCACGACCCUCUUUCACAGUCUGCCAUUGCUCAGGUACAUAUUUGUUCGGGAGAGAGUCACAAUAAUCCAUUCACAUAGUUCUUUUUCUGCCAUGGCCCAUGAUGCCCUCUUCCACGCCAAGACAAUGGGGCUUCAGACAGUCUUCACGGACCAUUCCCUUUUUGGAUUUGCUGAUGUCAGCUCGGUGCUUACAAACAAGCUUCUAACUGUAUCUCUUUGUGACACAAACCACAUCAUUUGUGUCUCUUAUACUAGUAAGGAAAAUACUGUACUAAGAGCAGCACUGAAUCCUGAAAUAGUGUCCGUCAUUCCUAAUGCUGUAGAUCCUACUGACUUCACUCCAGACCCAUUUAGAAGGCAUGAUAGUGUAAUAACUAUUGUUGUUGUCAGCAGACUUGUUUACAGAAAAGGGACCGAUUUGCUUAGUGGUAUAAUACCUGAAAUAUGUCAGAAAUAUCCAGAUUUAAAUUUUAUAAUUGGAGGAGAGGGACCAAAGAGAAUCAUUUUGGAAGAAGUACGGGAAAGAUACCAGCUACAGGACAGGGUGCUUCUUUUAGGAGCUUUGGAACACAAGGAUGUUAGAAAUGUCUUAGUCCAAGGACAUAUUUUUCUUAAUACUUCCCUUACCGAAGCAUUCUGCAUGGCAAUUGUGGAAGCAGCCAGCUGUGGUUUACAGGUUGUCAGUACCAGAGUUGGUGGAAUUCCUGAGGUGCUUCCAGAAAAUCUUAUUAUUUUAUGUGAGCCUUCGGUGAAAUCUUUGUGUGAAGGGUUGGAAAAAGCUAUUUUCCAACUGAAGUCAGGGGCAUUGCCAGCUCCAGAAAAUAUCCAUAACAUAGUAAAGACUUUCUACACCUGGAGGAAUGUUGCGGAGAGAACUGAAAAAGUGUAUGACCGGGUGGCUGGGGAAGCUGUGUUGCCGAUGGACAAACGGCUAGACAGGCUCAUCUCUCACUGCGGCCCAGUAACAGGCUACAUUUUUGCUUUAUUGGCUGUGUUCGACUUUCUCUUCCUUAUUUUCCUGAGAUGGAUGACUCCAGAUUCUCUCAUUGAUGUCGCAGUAGAUGCCACUGGGCCAAGGGGUGCUUGGACUCAUCAAUGCCCUCAUAGGAUCAAAAGGCGUGAGAAGAAUAAGAUGUUUAAAGCCAGAUAGAAGAAGCCUGGAUUGUGUAGUUUUAAAUAUUUGUAACACUUAUAUUAAGACUAUUGAAUAUAACCUUGCUUUUUUUUUUUUAAAGUUAAUUUAGAAAAUUAUGCUACCUCUAUAUCAUCCAUUGUUUUAUUUUGAGGAAAGAUAAAAACUUAUGCAAUUCCUGAGUGUAGAAACUCCUUGCACUUAUUUAAAAUUUAGGAGAGAACAUUUAAGCCACUCAGGUAUGAAAUUUUUCAGACUUCUGAAAUCCCUCUAGCAGAGAUGUUUUAACAUUAUAUUUUGAGAGCUUUGGGUGCUGAAGGGCCAAACGUUUUCUGGGCAUUUUUUGGCCAGUUUUUAAUGUUAUAUCAUUAAUUAGACAUUCACCAGAUGUUUACAAGUUUUCUUUAGGGAAGUACAACAACUAUAUGAGCUAUUUUAAGUCAUGUUCAUGUACAUUUAUUAGUGAUUUAUGUCACGUUAUAUGUCCACUAAGUGUUACAUAUAAUCAGCAGGUUACUUGAGUAAAGUGGUUCAUUAGUUACCAGCAUGUUUUGAGCAACUUCUGUGUGUAAAACGCUAGCUAGAGACUUCCUGCCCUUAAGGACCAGGGGUGCAUUCGCUCUUUGUUUAUCAUUCAAAUGGCUUAUUUCAUUGUAGUCACAGUUGACAUGAAAUGGUAAAAUAGCCAACAUGCCAAAAAUGCUCAUGCUAUUAAUUGCCAGGAAGAAAUUGUCAGCAUACUCCAAGUACCUCUCAGAUCCUGUAGUGUGCAUUCUCCUAGGUAGAACCUUCAUCUUCAGUUGUGUUUAUGAAAUACUUUUUGCUUUUUAAGUAUUAGGGACCGAAAUCACUGUUGAUGAUAAUGCAGAGAAACCCUCCAGAUUUUUCAGUAUGUAAUUUAGUCCUAUGUAAAUAAAUGCCUUCAUGUUUUCUGAGCAGAAUGUAUGAGGUGUGCCAUCUCAAAACCAGCUGCUACCCUGUCCUUUUGAUAUGUCACUACCCUUCACUGUGGCCUAGCUGGUGUCUGAUAAGUAUUGUCAGUGUACAAAAGGCUUUACUCCAGAAUGUUUUAUUUAUAGCAAACUGAGUCUGAAAAUUUUAGGAACACAGCCGCUUUGUUGGAUGGAUGCUGUUAACUGUAAUCAUUGCCCAGAGCCAUGGGUUUUUAACCCCAAAUUAUCCACAUGGUGUGUAUUAUUAAUUCCUUGAACUCUUUAGAGUAAGUUUUUGUGAGAAAAGGACUGUGAAAUCAAAUCAGUGAGAAACUUGUGGGUGCACUAGGUAGAUUCUGUCAGUAUUGUGAUUCUGUACAGGAUUUUUUUUUAAUGACCACAUUCAAGACUUCUUAUUUUGUAAAAUAUCUUAACAUGCCUAUUAACCGAUUGCACUGAAAUCAGAGAAAUAUAUUUCUGUGUGUUUGUACUAAAACAAAAAAUUACGAGUGCAAUUUUUAAAAUCUAGAAGUUAGGGGUUCUUGUAUUGGAGAAAAAUGUACUGAUCCAAACCAUUCAGUCUUAUUGGGAUUUCUAUGCAUAGAAACUGACAUGGAAAUAUGAAACAAACAGUGCCAAUAUUCAUGGUAAAGUGAAAAACUAACAUUUGGUUUUAUUUAUUCUACUCAUCAGUUUCUAAAGGCACUACUAUUUUUUCUUAUAUUUUUGCAUCUUAAUUUUUUCAAAAUUGUCAUUUAAUUCUUAAAUCAUCAUUUAUUUAAGAUGGAAAUAGGAUUUAAAGUUAGUUGCCUUUGCAUGUAAAAUACGUAAUUUUUAAAAUUAUUUUCCUUUUUUUUUUAACAAAUUUUUUUGUCUUAUGUAAAUCUUAAUUUUCAGUCUUCCUGGAUACCCUAAUGUAACUGUCAGUGUUGCACUGGUCAGUAUGUGGAAACAUGUUGUUCUGUCCUGCUACUUAAAUUUAUUUGAAAGUGAACUUACAGUGAUGAGGAAUUUAUGAAAAAUAUAUUGAAUUUCUUUUGUUGUUACAAUGAGUUGCACAUGUAAAACCAAUUUGCUAAACCAUGCUACAUGUCCAAAAAUAAAGACCAGAAUGACAUUUUGA